UACAUCGCAUUCAUUGGCCGCGCCUGCGAUUUAUUCAUUUUCUAACUUGGUUUAAUGCAACCAUUAUCUCGUCGGCCGGCCGUGUCCACUGCUCGCAGAUUACACACCGCUCUCAGUUCCCUCGCGAGCCUUGAACGCGCCGCGCGUACUGCCACAACUCAAAAUUCCCGCGUAAAACUUUUUAAAAAUAAACAAGUGACUGUGGAUUAUUGUAAACUGUGUUUGUGUUGGUUUUUUAGUGUCGGAUCAAACUAAGGAGAUAACGAUGUUUGCGGAGUGACACAUGGCGGGGAGAUAGCUAGCAUGCUAAUGGGAGCAGGAUCACACAAAGCGUUAUAUUAGCAUGCGAGCAAAACGACUGGCAGAUAAUGCUCACAAAGGGGCAUUGUUGCGUCUAGAUUCGGAAAUGUGGAACGAUACGGAUAAUCAUGGGACACAGGAUUCUGGCAAGUCAUUGAGCAAUUGCGACAUAAAGAACAAAAUGAAGUUAUAAUGGAGUCACCAGUAAGAAUAUCCUUAGGUGCAGCAUUAGUAGCAUACUUGCUACUAUUAAGCAGCACCCCAGCCGGCGGCAACGCGCUCCCGCUCGAAACGACCCCGGCCACCGUCCGCGACGACCGGCCCCGGCCUGUCCGGCUUAACGCCACCUGGCCGCGCAGCCGGCCCCGGGGCCUCGACCCCGUCCUCAACGAACUGCCUAAGGGCUCAGUCUCCGAGGAACACACCGAGAAAAAUGCCAAGUAUAAACACAGAGGAAGGACUCGUUACUACUCGCGCUCCACCACAGCAAGCCCUCUGAGAAGGGUCAGAACCUCAACCGCAGAGACGGUCCCGGGAGUGAUCAUAGUGACUCCAACGGCGGAAGUUAAGAAGCCAGAGCAGAUAAUGGAUAGCAUGAGAAACUAUAAGAGAACGAAAAUGCCAGUAAGCACAAGUACCACCACGGAAGAUAGUAAAAGCGAGGAAGAUGAUGAUGACGACUCAUUUGAGAAAUUUACUAGUAAAUUUGAUGACAAUAAUUUCUUUACUAUACCUGAUUUCGAUGAUGAUCAUGGAAAAGAUUCUAGAGAAAGUCCAAGUGAUAAGUAUAGUGAUUAUUCAAGUACAGUACUUAGCUCCUUUUCUAGUUUCCUGCCCAAAAAUGAUGAUGAUUCGCCCUACAAAUCCAAUUUCUUCGAUUUUGAUACUGAUUUGACCACGCCUAAAAAUGACUUCUUCGAUAAAAAAUAUCAAGAAGUAUCUUCAAGUAUUAUUAGGAAUUUGGAAGCUAUCAAAGCAAGAUCACCCCGACCCAACGUAACAAAUGUACAUAUAAGUGAAACAUUAGGUUUAAGCCCAAAUAUUACUAAGCCAGGUAAUAGGUCUACUAUAAUUAUCAAGAAUACCAAAGAAACCCGCCUUAUUGACAAUGAUGGAGCUGGAACUAUGAACAAGGAACUUUCUGACGUGCACGGGACAAGCGUUUAUUAUGAAAUGUCCGUACUCUCCACUGAAACAUACGCAAUAAACAAUUCCAAUGAAGAUGAUUGUGACAAUGAUACAUUACCUUCGGAACCUACAGUUCAGACCCCUGCUGAAGACGAGUUGGCAUCAAUACAAGGAACUCCGUCAAAUCUUUUCCCCGUUUCCACAAAACCGCUUUUCCCUGAUCCUGAUUUGGGAUCCACCGUGUCCUCCAACUUUUUACCAUCUUCAAGUUCUCUGACACCUUUCUUUAAUCCUUCAAGUUCAAUACCCUAUUCCACCAUAAAUUCUAUAUCAUCUACUGAGAAGACGAGGCCGUUCCCUAACAGCUUCCCCAGCAGAAAUAGAGGGUAUUCUAAAAGACUAAACGGCUUCACUGGGGCUAAGGAUUCUCCAAAUAACGUCACACCUACAGCCGAUAAUAUACAAACCCAUAAUGUCAGAAACUUCACAAGAAAAUUCCAUUACACGACGCCUAAAGCAAAACCAAUAUGGAUGACUCCAAGGCGGAAUAUUACCAAAACUUAUCCAAAACCUACUUAUCCUACAACAAUAUACGCGGAGCAUUUCAGUAUUAAAGAUAGAACGACCACAACCGUCCGUCCAAAACAGUCGAAUAAAACCAUUCUAACCACUGUAUCAUCGGACAUAGAUCCAGUUUUGCAAAGCGAUGUGAGCGGUGUGAAGAAGCUGGUACAGUCUCAGACGAUUUCCGACAACAGUAUUCCCUCGCUGUCUAAGAGGGGGUCGAUGAAGUUCGGGACUACGACAGCCACAUCCGUGGAGGAGGAGAUGACGACCACCAGUGAGAUGGAAAUUCCGCCUACGCUAACAGCGUGGGCGCUUGCCAGCUUAAGAAGCCCUCCUGGACCGGCAAAUGUAACGAGUUCGACGCAAAAGAGCGUUGAAGAAAACGAGGUGCAAAAAGUCAAUGAAGACAAAAACGAAAUUAUUACGAGUUCGACCACUACAACUCUAACUCCUGAAACGAAUAACUUAGCUACCAAAAAGAUGACAAAUAUUGACCAAAAUAAGUUGCCUUGGCGACCAGUGCUUCCUCACACGUCACCUGACCCUAUUAUGAACACGGAGGUUAUACCAACAGAGAGCAAAUCUGAACGGCUACCAGCUGAGAGCAAUAUCUCCGUGCAGAAUAGUCCUCAGCCAAUCACGUCCACUGAAGGAGUAAAAACCGAGACAGAAGCUACAGAGGGUAAUACUAAAGCAAAAGAAACAGUUACUUCUUGGGUACCAGUAACUAAGAGUGAAGUCAAUUCAGGUGGAACUUUUGCUUCUAUUACUAAGUUUCCUAAAGGAGUAACAACGCCACUCGAUGAAACUCCUAAGCAAAAUAAUGAAAUCGUUACUGAGACAAUUACUGAAGAAUCGGCCACCACUGACUAUGAAAUAACGACUAGAAGAUUUUCCUACGUUCCUACAGAAGCUGUGACUGACAAAGUAGAAUCAUCCACAUCUAGUGAAUGGCAUCCAGUGGCUCCUACUAGAACAAGAGCAACUACAAUAGAGCAUAGUCCUGUUACUACAUAUAGACCUAAAUAUUAUACCACGACAGAUUAUGUUGAAGAAUUUACUACGAACAUUCCGGAAACAACACCAUUCAUUGAGGUGUCGUCACUAUCAAUAGCUAAUGUAACUAAAUUACAAUCGGAAUUACCCGCACCAACUACUCAAGUUGCGGAUACCACAUCGAAACAACCAGCAACGCACGCCACCAUUGCAGACAAAGAAUUGCCUAUUGAAACCACAACUGAGAUUGUAGAAGCUACGUUUGCACAAACUGAAGCUACCACUGAAGUAGUAACUGACAAAUCAGUACAAACAGAAAGUUCCGAGGCUGAUGUAAGUACUGAGGUCUACGAAACAUCACCAAGUGCAAUGAAAGAAAAAGAAAAUAUUUCUGAGGAUAGCAGCGGCAGUAACGAAGUCAUAAUUAUGGAAACGACAAAAAUGGUUCCAUCUUCAUCGACCACGACUAGUACUAGCACUACAACUACAACUACAACAACAACAACUACCACCACAACUACUACUACUACAACUCCAGCUCCAACUACAGAAGAGAAAAAAGAAACAACAACAGAAGAGGAAACAACAACAUCUCAAAUAUCAACUGUACCUGUAGAGAAAAUAGCGGAAACAGAAGUUGACGUUGAUACGACGACAGAAUUGGGGACGAAGCCGAUCGGCGAGUUGGAGGACGUGUCGAGCUACGGUGACGUGACGACGGAGCGACUCACGCCGAUGGAGGAGGCGGGCUCGGGCGCCGCGGUGGCUAUCGCCGUCAGCACCAUUGGAGUUAUAGCCUUGAUACUGCUUAUUGGACUUUUGCUGGUGGUCCGCCGACGCGGGCGGCGGGGGGUGUAUGCGCAGCGUUGUACCCCCGUGUCCCUGGACGCGUAUAGCUUGGACAGCGUCAGCGUCGGACAUCGUAAGGGCAACCAGAGGCUACGGGCUAGCAAAAGGAGCUAUGGGAAUCCGGCGUAUGAUGAUGAGGUGACAUCCCAUCCUAUGAACUACGCGGCGCUGGCCAACUUCGCCCUGGACAUGGAAUCCAUGAACACAGAAUUCGCAGAGAUUCCCUCCGUCACUGUCCGACCUGAUGAAGUUCCUCCAGGGUGCGAAGACAAGAACAGAUACUCCAAUGUUCUGCCGCUGCCUGAGACCAGGGUGCCGCUCAAGAGGGUUGGGAACGAUCCCACGUCGGAGUAUAUUAAUGCUAAUUAUAUAACGGGCCCAGGCAACAUCAAGAACUACUACAUCGCGUGCCAGGCGCCGCUUCACAACACCGUGGCGGACUUCUGGCGCAUGGUGUGGGAGCAGAACUCGCGCGUCAUCGUCAUGCUGACGGAGUACAUGGAGAACGGUGUUGAAAAAUGCUACGAGUACCUUCCCCCAUCAGAAGUGUCAGACAACAAGCGGACCUUCGGCGAGUUCCAGAUCAUGCUCAAGAAACGCGAGCAGCGCGACAAAUACGCCGUCUCCAGCGUCCAGCUCAUCAACCUGACGACCAGGACGUGGAGGGAGGUCACGCACCUCUGGUACUUCUGGCCGGCGAAGGGAGUGCCUGAUGAUUACGACUCAGUGCUGGAUUUCUUGUCGGAAAUGAGGAGUUACAUGAAAGUUUCGCAGUCAGCUAAAGAAUAUGAUGAAGAAGGUGUAGAAGUAAUUUAUGGCGACGGCAGCCGUUCCUCCUACGGAAACCUGUCCAAGCUCCGAGAAGAGGGCAGCCCCGGCAACGGCGUGAACGUAUAUUCGCCGGCUAAGGCCGAGGAGAUGAUGCGUCGAGGCCAAGCUACCAACGGCACGCUCAGUAGGAUGAAAGCUGCGUCUGAAGUGGAAGGAGUCCGACCAUGUACGGUGGUAUGCGCAAGCGGUGCGGGGCGCUCUUGCGCACUUAUCGCGCUGGACAUCUGCGCGCGCGCGCUCACCGCGCAUGCCGCCGACGUGCCGCGCGUCGUGCGCGAGCUGCGCGCGCAACGUCCGCACUCGCUCUCCAAUCGACACCACUAUAUCUUCCUAUAUAAGGUGCUAAGCGAGUACGGCAACAAGCUGAACGGCGGGGGUGUCGACACCAUAUAAGCCCGCCGCUGCUGAUUUCUCUCCAUGACAUUCAAUACUAGUUACUUAGAUAGGUAACGACUUAUGCCAAUAAACUACUGUACGCGAGAAUAUCUAGACAAUAAUUUGGUAAAAAAAUAUUUUAACAUAUGCAUAAGGCGGAUCCUAUUAAUGGAAUAUAAACAUUUUCUCCACAUUUUGGAUUAGUUCACAAAAUGCAACGUUUUGAAGACUUUAUCAGACUUUCCUUGUGUGUCAGAUUUACACUAAGAGCUAAGCCCAAACUGUGCUUUUUGAAAGAUGAAGAUGAAAGUUAAAGAGAAAAAGGGCACUGGACUUAGCUUGGACAUACUAGUAGUUAUCAGUAGGUAUACAUAUAGAUAUUAUAGAUACCUCAACCGUGAGCCACCGAACGCACGCUACGAGCAUGCAAUGCACACUGGGUUUCGUGGCCUAGGCGUAAAAUGUUUAUUUUUUUUAAUGUUGCAGGUUUUUUGAGAUUUCUAUCCCAUGUAAACUAAUUUAUUUAUUAGAUAAUUCGAUACAGGUUAGGGUAUUGGCAUAAAUCAAAAGUGAGAAAACUAUUGGGAAUAUACCAAAGUGUAAGUUACGAGAUCUCUAUAGAAUUUGAUCGCUCAAAUAUACUGAUGUUUACCUUUUCAUGUUUAUGUACCAGAAUUUUAGACCAUUCUAUUAGGUAUGAUUAUUAUAUUUGUUAAACUUUUUGCAUUGCUAGGAUGUAAAUAGGUCUUAAUGAUGAUAAGUCAAUAAUAUGUGACCAGGUAAACUGGAUAUAAACUAAAUUAUUAAUAAGCAGUUAUUUAAUGUCGGAAUGUUACUAUAUAUAUUGACGCGAUCGAUAUAUUAUGUGGUUAGGCUCUUCUACUAUUAAUAUUACCUAAGUGCAUGGAUUUUCGUUGCUGUUGGUGAAAAUAAAGUGACAUGUGCACCUACUAACUAAUAAUAGGUAUACUAUUAUAUUAUUAUUCGUUAUUAUUACUUAUGCCUAUUAUGAGCUGAUCGUAUCGAUACUACUUUUAUUAUUACAUUCGAACAAUUUAUUUUUACUUACUUUUAGAAGUUCAUUCCACUAGUCUAAUUAUUUUUUUAAGUACAUAUUUGCCAAAAAUGUCAAUAAUAAUCAGUUUAUAUUCAAAGCGCAUAAUUAAAUCACAAAAAUGAUAAACGUCAUAAUAAUUUACAAUGCGUAGUGAUUAUUGAAAUCUGCUGUGAUUUCUGUUAAUUUCUAAGAUAUUCUUUGCUUUGUUAAAAAAUCUAGCUUUACAGUAUUCCUGUAAUAAAAUAUACCUACUUUGUAAGUUAUAAGCGCCCUAUUUUGAAGAAUUUGUUGUAAGCAUGUCCUGUGACGCAAUUUUAAUACUCUAAGAUAAUAUCUUGAAAUCCAUGAUAAUAAUUGGAGUGUUUUCAAACACAUACGUACCUUAGUGUAUGAAUUUAUUAAAACUAUCUCAGUGCGGUUAUCUUUUGUGUAUAGUUUUCCUCUACUUCUUCGAUUUUAUGCGUAAUUGUUAAAAGUUGUUGUUAAUUUGAUAUUUUUAAGUUUGUUAUAAAUCGCAGCUGAAUACAAUAUCCAUGAGAUUUAUUUAUGGUAUCAAGGCAUUUACUUUAUUUUAAUAUAUGUAUAUGUGAAAGCACUGUUUGUCCAACACACGUAGAAUAUAAGGUAUGUGUAUAGUAUUCGAUUAGGCUUAAUAAAUUACAAUAAUGACCAAAAACAUAAAAAAAUAUCAUUUAUUAUACUGUCCUUCAUUAGUUGUAACAGCUGUUUUUAUAAAGAACGUAAAUAAUAAAAGUAUAAA